AUGAGAAAUCAGGUAGACCUGCUGGCCACCGUCACAGUCUUGGGAGUCCUGGAGCAAGCCUAUUUUGCACUGCAGGUGAUCUAUGCCCGGCGGAAGUACAAGAUCUCCCCUCCCGAGACCACAGGUCACCCGGAGUUCGAGCGGAUCUUCAGAGCUCAGGCAAAUUGCUCCGAGUACUUUCCAAUCUUUGUCUCCCUCCUCUGGGUUGCUGGAAUCUUCUUCCAUCAAGGUGUGGCCGCGGCGUGUGGGCUGCUCUACCUCUACACCCGCUUCAAGUAUUUCCAGGGCUACGCCGUGGCUGCGCAGGGACGGUUGGGACCGCUGUACGCCAGCAAGGCAAACGUUGCCCAGCCUCUGCCCCUCCUGAUGGGCUUCACCACCAGGUUUUGUAGCACUGUCUGCUCUGAAACCUCUGACACCUUUGGCUGCGACCCGUGGCGCGCGGGAUGA